AUUCUUCUCAAAACAAUAAACAAUAAUAUUUAUAAGUCAAACAAAAAUAAUAACGCUUUUAUAAUUAUGUCUACUUCAGAGCGGCGUAGUGGUAAAAUAUACAAGAAAAUAAAAACGAAUGAAGUUAUAAAAAUACCUAAAAGUAUAUUCGAUAAAACAUUGGAUGUGAUAAACGAUGGACAACAUAUAACAUGGAAGGAUAGAAAUAAUUCUUGUUCGAAAGCUAUACACCGUAGUAGCCCUGAAAAUGAUAUAAACAGCAUGCGCUCGAGCGAUCUAAGUACAAAAAUGUCUUUAGCCAGGAAUUUUCUAUUGAAAAGAGAUAUUAAAAACGUGGGAAAAAUUUUGGCUGUCGCUAACCCUAGUGGUGGACGUUUGGAGAACAGAUGGUACCCACUUUGCAUAAAGUAUGGAGUUCUAUCAUUGGCACAUUGCAAUCGCAACUUAUUAAAUUUGUAUCUGCAAUCGUUAGUAUCGUCGGAAAAUAACCAAGGAACUAUGGAAAAGUAUACAAAAUAUUCGAAAAGGGAAAAUGACCAUGAUUAAAGUUAUCUGACGGAAUAAAAGAAAUUGAAUGCAAGUGAAAUAAA